CUUCUGUGUCUCAUUUGACACAUUCAUCUGAUUAUCACCUAUUUAUUGGACAUCUCUUCAAUUCAUUUCACUAAUUCAUGUUUACAUUAUAAUAUAUAAAUCCCUUUCCCCUUAAUCUACUGUCCCAUUGAAAUGAUAUGAAAGGCAAACCACACCAUCAUCUGUUGUGCCAUUAAUUGAGUCAUUCAUUGAUCAUUGAAAUCAUUUUGUGGUCAAAUCAUGUGUUCAUUAAUUCAUAUAUUAAUUGUUAUAUCGCUGGAAGUGGUGGUGAUCUCGGGUCUGGACAAUGGCUUAUGUCUGACACCACCGAUGGGUUGGCUGUCGUGGGAGAGGUUUGGCUGCAAUAUUAAGUGUCACCUGAAUAGGGAUGAGUGCAUUAGUGAGAAACUGUUCACAGAUAUGGCCGACAGACUGGUGAGCGAUGGCUAUCGGGAUGUGGGCUAUGAUAGGGUUAACAUCGAUGACUGUUGGAUGAGUAGAAACAGGGCUGAAGAUAAGAAACUAUUAGCUGAUCCCAAGAGGUUUCCCAAUGGAAUCAAAUACCUCUCUGAUUAUAUGCACUCGAGAGGUCUGAAGAUAGGUAUCUAUCAGAACUACGGCCUGCGGACAUGUAUGGGAUAUCCGGGACUCAUAGGCUUCCAGAAGGUGGACGCCCAGACAUUUGUGGACUGGGAGGUCGAUAUGGUUAAACUCGAUGCCUGUUUCACACCCGUCCACACUCUGGACAAGGGCUUCGAGGACUUCAGCGAAGUCCUGAACAAAACGGGUCGACCGAUGGUCUACUCGUGCAGUUGGCCUUACUAUCAGUUACACACAUCUCAGGUGAUCCCCAACUGGAACCUCAUCGCCGAUAAGUGUAAUAUUUGGCGCACAUAUCACGACAUACACUCCAAUUGGAAAGACAUUUUGGCUACCAUUGACUUUGUCGGUGAUAAUCAAGAGAUAUUCAAUAGGAAUGUAGGACCGGGACGUUUCAACGAUCCCGAUAUGCUCUUAAUUGGCAAUAAAGGGCUAACAGUGGACCAGUCGAGGGUCCAAAUGGGCAUUUGGGCCAUAAUCGCCGCACCGUUAUUCAUGUCCAAUGACUUGAGAAGUAUUGGACAGGAAUUCAAAGAUAUUUUGCUCAAUAAGGAGGUGAUUGGUGUGAAUCAGGACCGGAUGGCUCGACCGGGUGUCCGAGUCUUUCACAACGAGACACUUGACAUUUGGUUGCGUCCAGUAUUACCCGAAGCGAAACACAGCACCGGUAGCCAUACGUCCUACGCUCUGGCAUUUAUUAAUCGUCUCUCUGAACGUGCCAUCAGUAUUGCCGUCAAAUUGGAUGAGUUGGGACUAAAGCACAAUAUUGCCGUCAAAUUGGAUGAGUUGGGACUAAAGCACAAGUAUUUUGUGAGCGAUUUGUUUGAUAAGACAUUUUCGCCGCAAGUGCUGACCGCCGAUCACAUGUUUCACGUAACCAUACCCUCCACGGGAAUCCGUUUAUUCAAAGCAGUAAUUGAUUUGGAAAAUUAA